AGAGUAUUAUCACCACCACAUUGCAAUGUUGACUUGCUACGGAUGCAUGCGACAUUGCUUGCAGGCAAUUAUUGGUAAUGCUGCCGUUAUCUCCAAUUCCUCCAACAGACGACUCGCCGCAGGGUCAGGUAUCUAUGGACCCUUUGUCCAAAGCUUUACGACAGUCACGGCUGGAAGUCGAAGACCAAAGUCGAGCAGCAACGACGACUUUCAGCCACCACAGAUCAAAACAGCACAAAAGUCGAAGCCAGAGCCCCGCAUCAAACCCGAACUACUACCAUGGCAGAUUAAAGCGCAAAAGCGAGGGAAUAAAGGUAAAAGACAGUCCGAGAGACUUCUGAGAAAAGAGUCGCCUGGAAGAGACAUUACCGACCGAGAGAUGUCACUGCAUCUCAAGUAUUUGAGAGACCCAAUAAAGCUUGCAGAAUUUGUACGCGACACACUACGACAUGACAACUACGACCUUGCCCAGAAAGUUGUGAACGAAGCAAGUUCACGGACAUCGUGUACCGUCAGUUGGAACCAUAUCAUCGAGUGGCAGCUAAGUCGAGGAAGGAUGAAUGCUGCUAUCAAAUGCUACAAUGAGAUGAAAAAAAGAGCUCAAGUCCCAGAUGCUCAAACAUACACUAUUAUUUUCAAUGGUUGUUCGCAGCACAAAGAUUCGGACAAUGCCCUUGCCAAAGUUUUGACCAUGUAUCACUCAAUGCUUACCGAAAAGGCGCCCAUCCGACCCAAUACGAUACAUCUGAAUGCCGUUCUGAAAAUGUGCGCAAGGGCAAGAAAUAUGGGGGCUAUGUUCUCGAUUAUGGAUCAAAUGCCAAAGAAAGGCCUCUCAUCACCCAAUAAUCUUACAUACACGACUGUAUUCAAUGCUCUCCGUAUGUACAUCGUCGCUGGUCCCAGAGAUAAGAUGACGCCUAUGCAACGGAGACAAUUUCAACAAGAAAAUAUUCUGCAUGCACGAUAUCUUUGGGCAGAUGUUGUUAAGGCGUGGCGACAAGGUGAUAUCUGGAUAGACGAGGAGUUGGUCUGCGCCAUGGGCCGCAUACUGCUCUCUGGAAACGAGCAAGACAACGAUGAUGUCCUGUCACUGGUUGAGCAGACUAUGAAUAUUCCUCGACAAGUGCCUAGGAAAGGCACCAUUGAGCGUUACCGUCAUGAUCCAGCAACUCAAGGUCAACAACCCACCGAAAUUGUGGCCCUUAGACUAAAAGACCCCUCAAACCCAGAUGUUGAACCUGCCCAGAAAUUAACCCUUGAAUCGAAAGAUACCUCGACCCUAGAUGUCAAACCUGCAGAGGAUUUCCCUCCCGAGCCAAUCUCUCCUGUCGUGUUCUCGAACGGCGUUUCUGAUGUAUACGCAGCGCCCCGCCAAAACACACUGUCUCUUGUCAUCCAAUCAUUGACUGAGUUACAUCUCAAAGAUGUUGCUGCCAAGUAUUGGGAACUUUUUUCGAAUGACUACAAUGUAGCACCUGAUGCCGAGAAUUACCAUUCCUAUCUACGGAUCCUCCGCCUCUCCCGAUCUAGCACAGAGGUUGUCAACUUGAUGAUGAAGAUGCCUCGACAGUACAUGCAAGCCAAAACUUUCCUGAUUGCAAUGUCCACUUGCUCUCGGGACAAGAACAAUCGUCACGCGUUUGCUAACGCUGGCAAAAUCCUCGACCUCAUGCAAACCACCCUCCAGGAGCCCGAGAUCUUAGCCCUACAGCACUACCUCGAGGUUGCAAUGACUUCUCCCCCCCACACUGGCAAACAAAGUUCAUCCAACAACAACGAGCCCAGCAAAUACGAACAAGGAAGACAGAUUGGCCGCGCCCUCCAACGCCUGGAACCUUCAAUCCUAACUCUCAGAUCAUCGCUCGCCUUCCGCGACCCUAGUCUCCCAGAUCUCGAUCAAACAGCACGAAAGACAUUCGUCGACAAUAUUAUCGUCAUCAUGCGACGCAUGAUCGCGGCCUACGAUAUUCUCAUCAACAAUGCCAUGGUACCGAUGAAAGAUCAUCGCCACCUCAAGGAUCGCAGAGGUAUUCUUGCAGCGUUCGUGACGAGACAUAAAGCUGGUCCUAGAAAUGGUGCUCGAGUGGGCGGAAAGCCAAUGGAUGCUACCUCCACUGUCAACCCUGAAGGCCUAGCUCCUGAGCUGCACCGUUGAAUGUUGAGGCGAACAAUCUUCGAGCGGUGAGAAGGAGGGUCUGCUUCUUAACUAAACAGGCUAAGAGGAGACCUUUGCGCUACUUGGAAUUCUGGUGAUCUUGGUUUUCGUUCGCCACGAACAGAUGGUCAUUCUUCGGAGCCAGUCUGACGCACCUCAUCUCGAGUUGUUCGUGUGCUUGGAAACGAAAUGUUGAAGAAAUAGUGACCUACGCUUUUGGCAGAGCUGGCUGUCAGGACAGGCGAUUCAUGUACAUUCUCCAUCGGGAGACACAUACUCUCCCAUACCAUGUACAGUACUGUAUACCACAUAAAACCUAGACUCAAAUCAAAUUCUGGAUAAUGGAUCCAUAUGGAGACCGUGUU